UUCAGCAGAGCAGCAAUCAAAAAGAAGAGAGGAUAGAGAGAUCAAAGAAGAAGAUGGAAUCUGCAAAUCUGCUGAAUAAGCAAGAAGAAGCAAGAAGCCCUUCUUCCUUCACUUAUGGUGUUCUUCUCAGUACCUCCGUCGCUGUCGCUGGAUCCUUCUGUUACGGCUGUGCCAUGUCAUAUUCGUCACCUGCUCAAUCCAAAAUCAUGGAAGAACUGGGACUUUCUGUGGCAGAUUAUUCGUUUUUCACUUCAGUAAUGACAUUAGGAGGAAUGAUUACGGCCGCGGUUAGCGGAAAACUCGCUGCACUCAUCGGUCGUCGACGAACAAUGUGGAUCUCAGAUGUAUGCUGCACCUUUGGUUGGCUCGCUGUAGCGUUUGGACAUGAUAUCAUGCUACUCAAUGUUGGACGACUCUUCUUGGGGUUUGGGGUUGGUCUCGUUAGUUAUGUGGUUCCUGUGUAUAUAGCAGAAAUUACACCCAAAACAUUUCGCGGGGGAUUCACUUUUUCCAACCAGCUUAUGCAAUGUUUUGGGAUUUCGCUCAUGUUCUUCACCGGAAAUUUGUUUCAUUGGCGAACAUUAGCUCUUCUAAGUGCAAUUCCAUGUGCUAGCCAAGCGAUAUGUUUAUUUUUCAUUCCUGAAUCUCCUAGAUGGCUGGCGAUGUAUGGUCGAGAUCGAGAACUUGAAAUUACUCUCACGAGACUACGAGGAGACAAUGUUGAUAUACUCGAAGAAGCAGCUGAAAUCAGAGAAACCGUGAAAAUCUCCAGAAGAGAAUCACAAAAUGGAGUAAGAGAUUUGUUCCACAUGAGAAACGCACAUUCGUUAAUCAUUGGAUUGGGAUUAAUGCUUUUGCAACAAUUUUGUGGGAGUUCGGCGAUUAGUGCUUACGCUGCUAGUAUUUUCGACAAAGCCGGUUUUCCAAUCGACAUUGGAACAACCAUCCUCGCAGCUAUUUUGGUACCUCAAUCUAUAGUUGUCAUAUUAACCGUUGACCGAUGGGGACGCCGACCACUUCUUAUGAUAUCUUCUAUUGGUGUGUGCAUAUGUUCUUUCUUAAUUGGCCUCUCCUACUAUCUUCAGAAGGAUGGUGAAUUCCAAAAGUUUUGUUCCGUUUUGUUAAUUGUCGGCAUAAUGGUCGAUGAAACCACAACACUAAUCAUCGUAAUCAACCUAAUUAUAUACCAGGGUUAUGUCUCAUUCUUCUGCAUUGGUCUAGGUGGAAUACCAUGGGUAAUAAUGUCCGAGGUAUUUCCGGUGAAUGUGAAAAUCGCCGCGGGUAGCCUUGUAACGGUGUCAAAUUGGUUUUUCAGUUGGAUUGUCGUUUAUAGUUUUAAUUUCAUGAUGCAAUGGAGCUCUUCAGGAACCUAUUUUAUAUUUACUGGAGUUUCUGUUGUGACGAUCAUAUUUAUAUGGGUUUUGGUGCCUGAGACAAAAGGUCGAACACUCGAAGAGAUUCAAGCAUCAUUAGUUCAAUUAUCGACCACGCUGAUAAAUUCUAAAACAUUGAGGAGUAAGCUGCAAACUAUAAAAAGCCGUAAGCUAGUGCCUAGCGGCUGUGUCGUUCUCUGCUCUCUCUCCCACAAAGCUUCUCGGAGAAGACUGGAGAAGAAGAAUCUUCAAGAUUCAUCAAUGGUGGUUCCGCCGAUUUCUAGGUCCAGCUUUCUCCCUGAGGUCGACACCAACUUUCACGCUUACUGCUUCUCUCUCGCCAAUCGAAUCGAUGCCGCUAUUGGGAAUGAUGAAGUUAUGGUCGACGCCCAAGACCUGCCUAGAAUCCUUAAUCAAGUGUGCCAACGUGGAUGUAAUCAUCAAACGAGGGCGGUGAUAAUGGCGCUGAUGAUCUCAGCCAAGAGUGCUUGUCAGCUUGGAUGGUUCCCGCAGAGAGAGUCUCAGGAACUAUUGGCUCUUGUAGACUCGAUGUGGAAAGGUUUCAGCAGUCCUGAAAAUGUCACCCCUACUCUGAAUAGUCCCGUCAGUCUGAUACCGCAGGUCAUGGAGAGGUUCUAUCCAUUUCUGAAGCUGGGGAAUAUUCUUGUUUCUUCUGAGGGGAAGACAGAAUCAAACAUGUUGGUGAAGGACUUCCAUAUUUCAAAGAAGAUGCUGCAACAUUCUACCAAACUGAAAGUAGGACUAUUAGUUUUCCGGACAGAGGACAUAAGCAAAUCGAGUUGUAUUAUACAUCCCCAAGAAGUCAGCUUUUUGUUGAAUGGAAAGAACGUUGAAAAGAGAGCUAGCAUCUCAAUGGAUUCUGGGCCUCAGUGUCCAACGGAUGUUACUGCCCUGCUCAACCCGGGGUCAAAUCUUCUGCAAGCAAUAGGCUGUUUUGGAGGUAGUUACUUCAUUAUUAUUGCCUUACUGGAUGACAUACCACUGCCCGUCAAUCCUUUGCUGAAAAACUAUGUUCAUUCUAAAGUCAUUGAAUCAAAUUCAGAUGAAAUAAGUGAGGGCCCAUCAAGGAUAUCUCUCAGCUGUCCUAUCAGCCGCACGCGUAUCAAGCUUCCUGUGAAGGGUCAUGUCUGUAAGCAUCUUCAGUGUUUUGAUUUCUGGAACUAUGUCAACAUAAAUACGAGAAUACCAUCAUGGCGCUGCCCGCAUUGCAACCAGUCUGUCUGCUAUACCGACAUUCGUAAAGAUCAAAACAUGAUAAAGAUUCUAGGAGAGGUGGCACGUGAUGCUACAGACGUGAUUAUCUCUGCUGAUGGAUCAUGGAGGGUUGCAACGGAAAGCGAUGAGAAUAUGGAAGUUGUGCAGGAAACCACUCAUGACCACGGAGACCCAAAUAGUUUCAUAAACGUGGGGCCAACUGUUUUGGAUCUUACCAGGGAUGAGAAUGAAUGGGAAACAUCCGUUGUCACUCAAGUCAAUGAACAUAAGCCUUGUUCAUCCGAGAUUCGGGGUCCGCCAAAUAGCACACAUAACCCUGCUACUAUGCUCAACCAGUUUUGUGCAUCAAUCAACGCACUGCCGCAGUUUCCACAAACUUUGAAUGUUUUUGAUCUGCAGCAACAGUUGAUGAACUUUCCUCCAGUAGAAAACACGCGAGAUUCUGCAGUAAGACAAGCCUCACCCAUGACAUUUUCAUCUCGACAAGAUGGAUUAGCUACGAAUACGGGGAGCUUUCACAUGUCAAUGCCUGCUGCUCAUUCUUCUCAAUUUCAAGGGUCAUAUGUUACGCCCCUUGGACAUUGUCAAGGAAGAACACCUGAUUUGAUGGAGAGAUGGAACCACAUCUAUGGCAUAACUCAGACUCAAUUGCCACCUAUGCCUCCUCCGUUGCAGAACCAUUAUGCACUGCAGAACCUGAGGCUUCCCAUCAGGAACGUGUCCCCUGCACAGGAAAGACCAAUGCCAUCUUAUACACAUCCCCAGACUUUAGCUGUCAACUAUGGAGGGACUUCCGACCAGAGACACAUGCAGAUACCGAUGCAAAGACCCGUUCAAAGAAUGCAUCCUGGUGGUGCAGCGGAACAGUUGCUAUCACGUGAGUUCAUGAACUUGACUUCUGCUAACACUGCAAAUUGGCAACCACAGACCCGGAUGCGAGGCAGCAUAAUGCCCGGUUCCACGGGGUAUGACCACAUGAUCAUUCGACCAACGCGGCCGGUUCAGGCACAGGCUCAAACACUUGCUCCGCCUCAACCAACAGCUUACAAUGACAGUAUAGCUGAUGAAGUUCAAGCAUUUUUGGCGCAUCCAAGCUAUCCGAUUGUUACAAAUGAAACGCAAGCUGGGAUCGGUUCAUUGCCCGUGUCGGAGGGUGUUGGAGCAUCGGGGUCGUUUUGGUCAAUGCCUCCCGAGGCAUGGUGAUAUCUGUGAUGGCUUAGGUUCGUAGCAGUAGGAUUGCACCACUAACGCAAGUAGUAUAUAACGUCUCUUUUCUUUUGUACUAACCGGUUUAGGCUUGCGGUAUCGUUUGAUCUUUUUGAUGUACGUACAUAUAAAAACAAAACAAAAAUCUAAAUCCUAAAAAAGUUAAACCUAAAGCCAAAAAGAUUUUUAAGUCGGGUACAUCAUUUCAGGGUUUUGGGUUUGCGCUUUCCAAUGCUUAGACAAGUAAAACAGUCAAAUGAUAGACUUUGUCGAACAUAUAUACUUUGCGGUGGUCCUGGUCCUGGUC